GAGCGUGGAAACAUCGUGAGACGCGUCGAGGGCGUCCAUCUCGUCAACUGCCCCACGUACUCGCUCGUCGUGUAUUGCCCCAACGACGGCAAUUGCGGCACGUACCCCACGGGCAGCAACAUCGUCGCCUACAGCUACAUCGCGGCGUGGGAGGGCGCAACGUACGGCGCCACCUUCACGAGUGGCGUGACCUUCUACUGGAACAUCUACUCCAACGCGCAGUCGUAUGCGAACUACAGAAAUGUCGGCUGGGGCGACAACAGCUACACCAGCUUCGUCUGCCGCAAGGACGACCAGCACAUCAUGUUCUAUAACGGCGCCGGCGGCGCCUGCAGGAGCAUCUACUACUGCCUG